AUGCUUUCUGGUGUACCUCAGGGCUCCAUUCUUUCCCCGCUCCUAUUCAACGUCCUCCUCAGCGACAUGCCAGCUCUGCCUAACGUCAACACUGCGAUCUAUGCCGACGACGUCACUAUGUACGUCGUGGCGGACUCGGUGAUGGAAGCCGGGACAAGACUACAGCAGGCCAUCGACGCGUUCGUCACUUGGGUGGAGAUGUGGUCCUUAGCCAUUAACCCAGCCAAAUCGGCGUUCCAAAUUUUCACUCGCAAGCGAAACAUUCAUCCCAUCCCAGCACUUCACAUCUCGGGAACAGCCAUCCAAAUUGCCCGCCACCACCGUCUCCUGGGGCUUACGCUGGAUUCUCCAACCCUAACCUGGAAGGCUCACAUCAACCACCUACUAACCCACUCCCAAAAGAGACUGAACAUUCUAAGGGUGCUUAGUGGAUCCAAAUUUGGGGGCUCACGCGCGACCUUACUCCGUUUCUAUCAGAACUACAUACGGGGUUACACGGACUACGGGCUCUCAAUAUACACCUCAGCAUCACCGACGCUCCUCUCACGACUUGACGUAAUACACUCCACGGCGGCACGACUGAUCGUCGGGACGGGGAAAUCCACUCCACUGCCUUCCCUGUACUGCGAAGCUGGAUUGCUCCCACCAGAGAUUCAUCGCAACCGUUGCUCAGCCCUGUUUCACCUCCAGCUUCUACACCGCCCUCCUACCCACCCAGUUCAUCAACUUUACCGCCGAGACCGUUAUCUUCACAUUGCACCUUUCCGCACCCAGCCAUACAAGCUGCCCCACCUAUCACGCGCCCGGGAAAUCCUUAAGCGCUACCACGUAACCCUGCCCACUUCCCUGCCCUCGCCACCUGGUGCAGAAACACCCCCGUGGACUGCUCUCACCCAAUGGAUCCACCUAGACUUCUCCAGCUGCCUCUAUCGAGAGGCAGACGGCACGGCAUCAGCGAUCCUCAAGGACAUCUGCGACACUCGAUUCAAAGGACACUGCCUUAUUUUUACAGACGGUUCACUCUCACCAGGACCACCGCAGGCAGUGGGCACUGGACUGGCAAUUCCAUCGCUAUCCCUAUUCCGGGGAUGGCGCUUGGAUCCCCGCCACUCAAUCAUUGCAGCCGAACUAUAUGGCAUUCUCCAAGCCAUGAACUUCCUACUAUCCAGCCGCACGCUUCCAGCUACCAUAUGCACAGACAGCCUAGCAUCACUUCAACUUCUCCUACAACCUUUUCCCUCCAGCUAUACCCACCUCACUGUCGCCAUCCACAAAAAAUGCCUCCAGCUUCCAAGGGGAGCGGUGCACCUCCAGUUGGUCCCAAGUCAUUCGGGAAUACAGGGGAAUGAGGCAGCGGACAGAACCGCCAAGCAAGCAGCAACAUCUGAGCGCCCCGCGGAGGACUUACCGUUCGAUUUUAACGAGCUAAAGUCUAUCGUCCAUAAGGGAGUUUGGAAUUUCUGGCAGGCAAAGUGGACGUCAAUCCGUGGCCAAUUUGCCCUGGGAGCAAUUAAACCAUCGGUCCACCCGUGGGCGUCCCGCACACUACAGUCUCGUCGUUUUGCAACGCUCUUCGCUCGACUUCGUCUUGGCACGGCCUCAUUAAACAAAGCCCUUUACCAGAUCCGUCAAGCCCCUUCUCCGCUCUGCAUUCCUUGUCAAGCCCCAGAAACAACCCACCAUUACCUCGUCGCAUGCACUGAAUAUGAGGAGGCCCGGGCGCGGCGGCGGAACGGGCUGAGCCUACUGGUCCUCAGCUCUGCCUCGCUGCUGGGAGGUGACAUGGCCGGCUGUCCGGACUGGCCACAGAUCUGCAGAAAAGUGGAGCAGUUCAUCAGUGAAACCGGCCGCUUUGAUCCUUGA